AAAAAUGAAAGCAUAGAAGGACGCUCGAGGAUAUAAAGCAUGGCCCAACGCUCAUCAUACGAGGUACUCGAGCUCGAACCCCUCCUUGACGACCCAGACGCCAUGGCGGACAAACGCGAUUCUGUGGACGACAAGCUCGACGCAGAGAAGGUCGAGAGCCACUCUGUAGGCGGUGGGGUGGAGGAGACGUCACCAGAGGAGCGAAAGCUUGUGCGGAAGCUCGACUCGAGGAUUAUGCCCAUACUUUGCAUCUUGUACCUAUUUGCUUACUUGGACAGAUCCAACUUGGGGAAUGCCCGCUUGCAAGGUCUACCGCAGGACACUCUCGGGGGCGACCCUACCGGAACGCUCUUUGACUGGGUGAACACAGGAUUCUUCUUCUCAUAUAUUCUCUGCCAAAUACCUGCAACGAUUGCCUCCAAGCUGUUCCCACCUCGUCUAUGGAUUGGCUUUGCAACGGUUGGCUGGGGGCUGUCCUCAACGUUGAUGUCCACGGGCUUUGACUUUGCUGGCCUUAUGGCCUGUCGCAUUUCGCUUGGCAUCUUCGAGGCCGCCUUCGGUCCAGGGAUUCCCUUGUAUAUGUCCAUAUGGUACACUAAACGCGAGAUGGGCCUCCGCAUGGCGUACUGGUUCGGGUUUGCCGCCGUGGCGGGCGCAUUUGGUGGUCUGAUAGCCUUUGGCAUUCAGCAAAUACACGCUGCAGUUGCCGAUUGGCGACUGUUGUUCAUCGUCGAGGGCGUUCCUACGAUUUGCCUCGGACUGCUCACGAUGUGGCUAUUACCUGACCGCCCGGAGGAAACAUCGUUCCUGACUGAGUCUGAGCGACAGAUCCAACUCGAGCGGAUGAACCGAGGUCUCCGAGCAGAUGUUGGGAGAACGAUCAAUAAGGCGCAUAUCAAGGCCGCUUUUAAAGACUGGAGGAUUUAUAUGGCUGGUAUCAUCUAUUUUGGAGGGAACUGUGCACUUGCUUCAAUUUCUGCUUUCCUGCCUACUAUCAUCAAAACAUUCGGAUUCACCAACGCUCGUGCGCAGCUACUCACAGUCCCACCAUAUGCUGUGUGUGCUGUCGUUUUAUGCUUGGUGUCGUACGUCAGCGAUCGUCUCCAAAGCCGUGGACUCUACGUUGCGCUGGCUAGUGCUCUCGGAGCCGUAGGCUACCUGAUCCUCCUCCUGGCGACAAACGUCCAUGCCCGCUACUUUGCCACAUUCUGCAUCACGAGCGGGACCUAUACUGUCAUCGGUAUUGUUAUCGCUUGGUUCUCACACAACCUCGGGUCGGAGUCUAAGCGAGCGACAGGCAUCCCACUUUACAUGGCCAUCGGUCAGUGCGGCAGUAUCCUGGGGAGUCACCUCUUCCCUGCAAGUGAGGGCCCAAGGUACAUCAAAGGCUUCGCCGUUUCCUGCGCGCUGGAAUUCUUGGGUUCGCUGGUUGCCGUAGUCCUGGCGGUGUCGUACCGAAUUGAUAAUCACCAGCGCGAUCGUAAAUACGGUAAAGUGGAGAACACGGAAGCGACCGUGGAGACGCGAGAACUGGCAGACAAGGCUCCCAUGUUCCGCUAUGUCCCCUGAGGUGGAGGGAUAGAUACCUCCGGCGUUGCUAUUGUUUCCAUCGUCAUCUUGCCGUAAUAUAGUACUCUGUUCAGUGUGAG